UCUGUAUUCCAUAUAUAUAUAAAUCUUGGUCUCAAAACAUUGAAUACUAUUUUAUGUUUUCCAAAAUUUUCAAUUAAAACCAACUGUUCGAUUUCAAAUAAACGCAUAAGUUAUUAUUAUACAGAAUAUUAGUAUAUGAUACUCGAUGUAUUUCAGAACAUUAACAAUAUUUAUCAUAAUAAGUAAAUUCUCAGGAAUCUUAUCUAGCAACGGUGAUCGUUCACCUUUCUAUCAAAAUUGUUUAAAAACUUGUAGAAAAGCUAACUGUACAGAUGAUGGCCGUUCUUUUAAAAGUGCAGCACUUAAACAGCAGGAUGUGUGGUGCCAACUGCUCCAAUGGAGCUGCAGAGAGGAUUGUCAGUAUCACUGCAUGUGGAAGACAGUGGAUGGUUUCCAGGAGAGAGGGUACAGAAUUCCCAAAUUCCAUGGCAAAUGGCCGUUUGUAAGAUUUUUUGGUGUACAAGAGCCAGCAUCAGCCUUCGCAUCUCUCCUCAAUUUGGCAACACACAUCUACAUGCACAAUGAAAUAACAAAGAAAUUUAGUGUUAAGAGCACACCACUCGUGUUGUUCUGGCAUGGAUUUGCGACAGUCUGCAUGAACGCAUGGACAUGGUCCACAAUAUUCCACACGCGGGACACUCCGUUCACUGAGUUUAUGGACUAUGCAUGCGCGUUGUCUAUGGUGAUGAGUUUAUUUAUAGCAGCUAUAGUCAGGGUAUUUCACAGGAGAAAGAAGUUUGCUGCAGCUCUUCUCGCGCUGCCCACCCUCUACUACGUCGAACACGUGAGAUAUCUCUACUCCGGGAGAAUAGACUACGACUAUAAUAUGAAUGUCAAUGUCUUCUUUGGUGUGGUGGGGUCGGUGACGUGGCUGGUGUGGGCAGGAGGGAUGCUGGUGGCUGGUAGGAAGCACGCAUGGCGCGUGGCGGUAUUCACAAUAGCUUCGGGCGCCGCGCUGUCACUUGAACUACUGGACUUCCCGCCAAAGCGCUCGUGGGACGCGCACGCACUGUGGCAUCUCAGCACAGCGCCGCUACCACUCCUCUUCUACAGAUUUGUAAUAGAUGACCUCUAUUACUUGCAGAAUUCUAAAAUCAGGGACAAAAACUACCUGAAGCAAACAUAGACAUUCUAGUCACCGUUAUAUUGUUUUUAAUAAUUGUUAAUUUAUAAUUUAAGCAAUAAAAUUA